UUUAUACCGCACUGAAGCCCCCUCUUCCCUUUCGCCUCCCCCUCUCCCCUGCCUCUUCCAAAGUUCUUCCCUAGGACCACGCGUUUAUGUGUUCAUUUCUCUGUUCUCCGCCUUCUGGAGAUCUUCGCUCCUUGCAGGAUCUCUUCAUUUUCUCAGAAAUUUCGCUUCUUUGUUUGUCUUCCUUGAGAUCACAGGAAUCGGAAUCUGAAUCGCAUUUCCAUCUCUAAGAUCCUCAUCUUCGGAUCUCCUCUUCCCUUACAAACGUGCGUUUUUCCUCCGUCGCCAAACAAAGUACCCCGCGUCUCUUACAUCUUCCACCAUGCGUUUGCGCUCAAACUCAAGGGAUUCCUCUUCCUCCGUGCUCCUACUCCUUGUUGCCACAUUCCUCUUCUUGACUCUUUCACCCGUCUCUGCUCAGGAAUCUGCUGCUGAAAAUGACAAAGAAGAAACAAGUGGAUUACUUAAAGACCUGGGUCGCCGAGGCAUGAUGGGCACAAACAGGCUUGGGAUUGAUGAUGUAGGAGACGAUAGUGAUAUCAACUCCCUUGGUCUAAACCUUGGCUUUGCUUCUACUGGCCUUGGGAUUUUUGAUGCAUUCUUUACAAGCUUGUCAAUGAUCCUUGUCAGUGAGAUUGGAGAUGAAACUUUCAUAAUAGCAGCACUCAUGGCUAUGCGUCAUCCCAAAUCAACAGUUUUAUCUGGUGCUCUCACAGCCUUGAUUGUUAUGACAGUACUUUCCACUGGGCUAGGUAGGAUUGUUCCAAAUUUAAUAUCAAGGAAGCAUACAAAUAGUGCAGCAACAGUUCUUUAUGCAUUCUUUGGGUUGCGGUUGCUUUACAUUGCUUGGAGAUCAGAUUCAAAAUCAUCCCAGAAGAAAGAAAUGGAGGAAGUAGAAGAGAAGCUUGAAUCUGGCCAAGGAAAAGCAGCCUAUCGCCGCUUCUUUUCAAGAUUUUGUACGCCAAUUUUUUUGGAGUCAUUUAUCUUAACCUUCCUAGCAGAGUGGGGUGACCGUAGCCAGAUAGCAACAAUUGCUCUGGCGACACACAAAAAUGCGGUUGGAGUAGCUGUAGGGGCAACCCUAGGACAUACUAUUUGCACGUCGCUUGCAGUAGUGGGAGGAAGCAUGCUGGCAUCCAAGAUCUCACAAGGCACAGUUGCCACCAUUGGAGGCCUGCUCUUCCUCUGUUUUUCUUUGUCUUCAUAUUUCUAUCCUCCUCUGUAAGUGUUACCUUGUAUUCUUUAAGAUCAUUAACGUACUUCACCCACAUUACAUCUGAUGCUGAAUAGCUUUAUAUAGUAAUCAGGUAAACAAAAUACAUGAUUGUAUUUCUGUAUGAUUAUAAUACAAAAUGCAUAGAUGAUACAUCUGGUUCACGA